UAUAUCUGAUUGUGAUAGAAAUUGUGAUAUAGAAUUAUUUAGGAAUUAUAAAAAACAUUUAAUCUUAGUUAAAUGUAGCAAAUAUAGACCUGAAAAGAAAGUUACAGUUGGUGAUAUUAAAUAUCUUGAGAGCAUAGUUUCUGAUUAUCUGCCAGAUACUGUAGGCAUUUUG